AUGUUUGACAUCAAAGGGCUGAGCAUUUUCCAGCUGACUUUCCAUGUGACUCAACUGUGGAGACUGACGGUGUAUAGCUUGGCGGAUGUGUCCUGCAAAUGUCAUGGUGUAUCUGGAUCGUGCAGCCUGAAGACCUGUUGGCUGCAGUUGGCUGACUUUCGCAAGGUUGGAGAUGCUUUGAAAGAGAAAUAUGACAGUGCAGCCGCUAUGAAACUCAACAUCCGGGGCAAGCUGGUGCAAGUGAACAGCCGCUUCAAUGCACCCACUAUCCAUGACCUGGUAUACAUUGACCCCAGUCCUGAUUACUGUGUGCGCAAUGAGAGCACCGGCUCCCUGGGUACCCAGGGACGGCUGUGCAACAAGACUUCAGAAGGCAUGGAUGGCUGCGAACUCAUGUGCUGUGGCCGGGGCUAUGACCAAUUCAAGACAGUGCAGACAGAACGCUGCCACUGCAAAUUCCACUGGUGCUGCUACGUCAAAUGCAAGAAGUGCACAGAGAUUGUAGACCAGUUUGUCUGCAAAUAGGUGGGAAUGGGUGGAAGGAGCUGUUCUGGUCUGCCAGCAGCAGUGGUGCAGGGGAGGGGCGCCCCAAGAGGAUCUCCGCUCUUAUUUAUAUGCAUCUGGCUCAGACUGUGCAUAGUUUUAUUUUUUGCAAUAAAGGGGGAGGGGAGGGGACCAAGAUAAUAUUUAUUUUACACAAUUGGAAAUACGACUUUAAAAAGAAAGAUAGAGUAGUUCAAAGGGAAGUUUGCCCUAUCCCCAUAUAGUCUCAUGAGACAUAGUGCAUAUGGAGUAGAUGAGGUACCUGUUGUUCC